AAUCUGGCCCGGAGGGACAGAAUCCCUGAUUGAGAUUUCGGGGCGAUGCACUGCGCCCAUCCACGCGCGUUUCUGCUGCGCGCUGCGACUCUCGAGAUCUACGACGAUGCCCGGCGAUUUGGAAGGGUCGAUGCUAAUUGAGCCCAAGCGCGACGGGGCGGCCCUGCUGGGCUCGCCCGCCGUCGAUUCCUGGUCGGCCGCGUCAUGGCUGGCCAUGCAGCUCGCCGCCCUCCUCCGUCUGCUCUCGCCGUGGCCAACCAAGUCCGGCGGCGCCAGCGGAAGCGGCAGCAGCCACCCCGACAAGCUCAGGCCGACCGCGUAUCUCGACGGCCUGAGGGGAUUCGCCGCCUUCCUGGUCUACUGGCACCACCACGAAUUAUGGGCUCACGUGCCUCUCCAGGUCACCGCGCUGGAGUCGAGCUACGGGUAUGGGGGCUAUCACUACUUCGCCGCCCUGCCCGUCGUCCGCAUCUUCUUCCACGGCGGCCACUUCGCCGUCGCCACCUUUUUCGUCAUCUCCGGCUACGUCCUGUCGGCCAAGCCUGUGAGCCUCAUCCACGCGGGCGAGCAGUCGAAGCUGGCCGACAACCUGGGGUCGGCCCUGUUCAGGCGCUGGAUGCGGCUCUACAUCCCCGUCCUCAGCACCACCUUUCUUUUCAUGACCCUCGUUUACACCUUCGGCAUCUGGGUCGACGUCCCCGGCAAGCUGGAGCAGAACAGCUACUUCGCGGCCGUGUGGAACUGGUACUGCGAGCUGAAGAACUUCAGCUUUGUCUUUAACACGGGCAGCGUGCCGUGGCUCUCCUACAACUUCCACCUCUGGUCGAUCCCUGUCGAGUUCAAGGGCUCCAUCGUCAUCUACACGACCCUCCUCGCUCUGGCGCGGUGCGGCAGGAACGCCCGCCUCUGGUGCGAGGCCGGCCUCGUUUUCUACUUCCUCUACAUCGUCGACGGCUGGUUUGCCGCCCUCUUCACCGCCGGCAUGCUGCUCAACGACCUGGACCAGCUCGCCGCCAAGAACGAGCUGCCGGACUUCUUCACCCAGUUCCGGCCGCACAAGGACACCAUCUUCUACGCCAUGCUGACCAUCGCCGCCUACUUCGGCGGCUGCCCCGCGCACCACUCCGAGGUCGAGGAGCUGCGGAAGAACCCCGGGUGGUACCUGCUGUCCUUCCUCAAGCCGCAGGCCGUGCUCGACGCCAAGUGGUUCUUCCUCUUCUGGGCCGCCGUCUUCCUCGUCGCCUGCACGCCGCGCAUCCCCUGGCUCAAGCGCUUCUUCGAGUCGCGCUUCUGCCAGUACCUCGGCCGCGUGUCCUUCUCGCUCUACCUCGUGCACGGGCCCGUGCUGUGGACGCUCGGCGACCGCAUCUACGCCGCCGUCGGCUGGCCCAAGGACUCCCGCCUCAAGAACCUGCCCCAGUGGGUCGACCUGUUCCCGCUGCCCAAGACGGGCCCGCUCGGCCUCGAGGUCGCCUUCCUGCUGCCCCACAUCAUCCUCCUGCCCGUGACCUUCUACGUGGCCGAGGUGGUGACCAGGGCAUUUGACGAGCCCAGUGUCCGGUUCCCGCAGUGGUUGUACAAAACCGCGACUACCCGGCCGGCGAAGCUCCCAGCAUGAGAUUUCUUUUUAUUUAUGUUUGGUUCUCUCUCUUCUAGUUUGUAUUUGUUCUUUGCAGAUAUUCCUGACGUCCAUUUCUUCAGCGGAUAGGGACCGGUCAAGAUUCCUGUUUCUUUGUGCAUACUGUAAUGGCUGGUGGGAGAUAGAGGCGAGGGUUACUGGAUCGCAUUGACGUGAAGAAAAAAACCCACAUUUGGGUGUGGGAGAAAGAUUCUGGCUACUGUGUUCGGCGGCGGGCGGCACUCGGUAUGACGUUCCAUUGUAUUGUAUAUCCCUUGUAAAUCUAUUUCUUCGAGACCGUCAAGGCCUGGUAUUCAGGCGUGUGUGUGGAACGUCUUCUUGAGCUACUGACUCCCGAGUCAUCCCGUCAUCCCGACAGCGUGGAACAACCCCCCUGAGCAUUCUACCCCGUCCCUUUCCUCGCACAUUCCAUCUCGUAGCGUCGCACCAGAUGUCGCCGCCUUAGACGCGAGCUCCUAUCUCGA